UUCUCCUUUUUUUUAGUGUGCGGCGCAUGCGCAGUGUGCUAACUAGGAAGCAGCACAGACGAGCCUGUCGGAUUAUGUGGACAUAUCCACACAGCUGCUUUCGGAUCAUUUAUCUGGGCUUUAUGUACUCGUGGGCAGAGGGACGCCUCGUUACAAUGGAAGACUGACACCUUAACGGGAGUUGAAUGUGAUUUAUUGAACAUUUAAUUGUGUGUGUUAAAAAAAAACUGAGCGACAAUGAUGUCAGAAUGCGACCCGACAGAGACAGAGACCAGCGAGCCGACGCUGGACACCGGAGCCACCGCGGUGCCUUCGGAGUGUAACUUUCACUCCUCGGACCCUCCAAAGGUAUUAUUUGACAAAAACCGAUUAGGUCUGGGGCUUGGACUGAACCCUGGAGUUGCUGUUCGUAUUUCGGACUCUUGUGAAAGCGUCUUGACCGAACUGGAGACCGACGGCUCCGGCGAAGAGGCGCUGUUGUUGCCGUGCUUAGCAGGAAGCUCGGCGUCACCGCGGGGCGUGCGGGAGAAGCGGUGCAGGCGGAGCAGACACAGCUCGUCGUCGGAUAAAGACACCUUGGCUUCCCCAGGUAUCAACAGUGGGGACUUCAACCAUUUCCCUGAUGAUCCUGAGUUUGGGGAUAUUAUCCAAAGGGCGGAACAGGCUAUCGAGAACGGUGUCUUUCCAGAGAGGAUUUCCCAGGGUUCCAGUGGGAGCUACUUCGUCAAAGACCCAAAAGGGAAAAUCAUUGGUGUUUUCAAACCAAAGUCAGAGGAACCUUACGGUCACCUGAACCCCAAAUGGACCAAAUAUUUUCACAAGCUGUGCUGUCCAUGUUGUUUCGGCCGAGGCUGCUUGUUGCCUAACCAGGGUUACCUCUCGGAGGCUGCUGCUUCACUGGUUGAUACCAAACUCGGUCUGGGAGUGGUGCCGAGAACAAAGGUGGUGUAUCUGGCUAGUGAGACAUUCCACUACAGUGCUAUUGAUAGAGCUAAAUCAAGGGGGAAGAAGUAUGCCUUAGAGAAAGUCCCCAAGGUCGGACGACGCUUCCACAGAGUUGGCCUGCCACCUAAGGUGGGCUCAUUUCAGCUGUUUGUGGAGGGUUACCGUGAAGCGGACUACUGGCUGCGGCGCUUUGAGGCAGAACCUCUGCCAGAGAACAUCAGGAAGCAGCUGCAGUCCCAGUUUGAGCGGCUGGUGGUGUUGGACUAUGUCAUUAGAAACACAGACCGAGGGAAUGACAACUGGUUAAUCAAGUAUGAGAAGCCAGGAGAAGGAGGCGAAGGAGACGAAGUGAAGGAUGCAGAUUGGUCCGAGAGCAGUUCAGACUCCUGCAUUAAGAUUGCAGCAAUCGACAACGGCCUGGCCUUCCCCUUUAAACACCCGGACGAAUGGAGAGCCUACCCGUUCCACUGGGCAUGGCUCCCCCAGGCUAAGGUGGCCUUUUCGCAGGAGACCAGAGACCUGGUUCUGUCCCGCCUCUCUGACAUGAACUUUGUCCAGGACCUCUGUGAGGACCUCUAUGAGAUGUUCAAGACAGAUAAAGGUUUUGACAAAACCAUGUUUGAGAGACAGAUGUCUGUUAUGAGGGGACAGGUGUUGAACCUGACUCAGGCACUGAAGGACGGGAAGAGCCCCAUCCAGCUGGUGCAGAUGCCCCGGGUGGUAGUAGAGCGUAGCCGCUCAGGCGGCCAGGGACGUGUGGUCACACUCGGCAACGCCUUCACACAAACCUUCCACUGCAAGCGCCCCUUUUUCUCCUCUUGGUAGUCAUCUUCCAGAUGGGUGAGGAGGGGGGGGCGGCUGAGGAGAGGCUUUUUUUUUUUUUCGUCCUAAAAUCAGGAGGCGAGGGAAUGAUGCUUAUAUUUCUGUGGUAAGAAAUUGCACUCCUGAACAUUCCUUAUUUGUGAAGAGAGUGCAGAGAAUCAUGGGAGCUGGAGAGAUUGCCAUACCAGUGUCUCCAGAGACCUUGGGGCUGUUUGUGGUUACCAUGGUGACUUGACUGGAUAAUCCACAGAGGUGGGUUUUGUUUAUUGUUAAGCAGAAAGGAUUUUUUUUUCCUACCCACCCAAAGUACCUAACGAAGUCUCUUGCAAGGUCUCUUAGUGGGGCUAAUGGCCAAAGAACAGGCACUUACAAACCACAACCGAACAGAUCUGUGGUCCUGAGUGUUUGGGAAUCUAAAGGACUUGUUUCACAGAUCUCUCCAGAAAGUUUAAACUGGAACAGCGUUGUUCCUAGUCUGGGAAGUCUAAAAACAUUUGCUUUGCCUUGUAGGAUUACUUAUUCAAAUAUAGAUGUGUACUUGCACUGCUGGAAGUAUUUGACUAGUGCUACACAACUUGGUCAAACCACUCUUUACAGAGUGUUAAUUUUCAAACCACAUCUGUUGAGUAAACACAAACCCUGUGUCUUCAACUCUCUCUACUGCCAAAAUCUGUCUGUGGAAGGAAUAUUUCAAAAGCCUCAAGAAGAGAAUAUUGUUGAAACUUGAAUAUGAACUCUGGAGGAGGAGGACUAGUAAUAAACACUUUGCUUGAAUGUAAUCUGUUUACGGUUUCUACACAGAUUUUUGCUCCUAAACAUUUCAAUAUGAGCAAACGCUUUCAAAAAUCGACUUUUCUCAUAACGAUGAAUGUAUUUGUUGUUUGACAUGUGUUUAAUUGCUGAGCAAGCAGCCUUCUCUUGAACCUCGCUGCAUGGGGGACGACCCCUCGUCUCUCCCCUUUAUAACACGAUAUGAAGAGGAAAAAACAUAAUGGAGGACAGUGUUUCACACUCGCUUGAUGCCGUUGUGUUUUCUUAUGUAUGCAUCUUGAAAUUUUUAUUCCAACUCAAUGAUUGUAUGAGAAAAGUUGUAUAUUUAACAGAUGAAAAAUAAAAAUUGGGAAAUUUU